UCCCGCCUCGUUUUACCAAAAGCUAAACACUAAACUCAAAUCAUCACAGAAUCCAUUCAUUUGCGCCACUCUUUACUGGAAAACCAGUUUUCCGAUCACCGGAACAUAACCUACGGAGUAUUUCUGUUAGGUACCUUUGAGGUUUUGAUCUCCAAAACUUCAUUUCUAGGGUUUCGCUUUUUUGUUCUCACUGCGUGUUGACUCCUAGCUACAAUGCAUAUCAAGGAAAUCUGUUUGGAGGGAUUCAAGUCCUACGCUACGAGGACGGUGGUUUCUGGAUUUGAUCCGUUUUUCAAUGCCAUCACUGGUCUGAACGGGUCUGGCAAAUCGAACAUUCUGGAUUCCAUUUGCUUUGUUCUCGGAAUCACGAAUUUGCAGCAGGUUAGAGCUUCGAAUCUCCAAGAGCUAGUCUACAAGCAAGGCCAAGCUGGAAUUACUAAGGCCACAGUGUCAAUAGUGUUUGAUAACUCGGACCGUAAUCGGAGUCCUUUGGGGUAUGAGGAUUGUCCUGAAAUUACCGUGACUCGCCAGAUUGUAGUUGGUGGAAGGAACAAGUAUCUUAUCAAUGGCCACCUAGCACAACCAAAUCGUGUGCAGAAUCUUUUUCACUCUGUACAACUUAAUGUAAAUAACCCCCAUUUUCUUAUAAUGCAAGGGCGCAUUACCAAAGUCCUGAACAUGAAACCUCCUGAAGUGUUGUCUAUGCUUGAGGAGGCUGCUGGUACAAGAAUGUAUGAGACAAAGAAAGAGGCUGCGCUGAAAACACUUGAAAAGAAACAAAGCAAGGUUGAUGAGAUUGACAAGCUCCUUGACCACGAAAUUCUUCCUGCUUUGGAGAAACUGAGAAAAGAAAGGAUGCAAUACAUGCAGUGGGCAAAUGGAAAUGCGGAACUGGAUCGCCUUAAGCGAUUUUGUAUUGCCUAUGACUAUGUACAAGCUGAGCAGAUUAGGGAUAAUGCAGUUAAGGGUUUGGAAGAAAUGAAAGCUAAGAUAUCUGAAAUUGAUAGUAAUGCAGAUAAGAUGCGUGAAGAAGUAAAACUUUUGGAAAAGAAAUCAUCAGAACUGCAGGCUGAAAAAGAAGCAAGUAUGGGUGGGGAAGUGAAACGUUUGUCUGAGAAAGUUGAUGCUCUUUCGCGUAAUUUGGUGAAAGAAACCUCUGUGAUGAAAAACCAAGAGGAUAUUCUUGAGACUGAGAAAGAUAAUGCUAAAAAGAUUGAGACAAAUCUUGAAGAGUUGAAACAAUUAGCAGAAGAGAAGGCUGCUGCUGUUCGAAAUGCCGAGGCAGGAGCAUCUGAUCUCAAGAAAAGUGUUCAGGAUCUUUCUAAGAGUCUUGAAGAGUACGAGAAGGAGUAUGAGGGUGUGCUAGCAGGUAAGAGUAGUGGCAAUGAGGAGAAAUGUCUUGAAGAUCAACUAAGGGAUGCCAAAGUUGCUGUUGGAACUGCUGAAACAGAAUUGAAGCAGUUACAAACUAAAAUAAAUCAUUGUGAGAAAGAACUGAAGGAGAAGAAAAAGCAGUUGCUCUCAAAGCAUGAAGAGGCUGCUGCUGUUGAGAAUGAACUCAGUGCUCGGAAGAAAGAAGUGGAAAAGACUAAAAGUGCAUUGGAAUCUCUGGGGUACAAGGAGGAGCAGAUGGAAGCAUUACAAAAGGACCGUGUAGUUGAAGUAGCGAUGGUGCAGAAGUUAAAGGAUGACAUCCGUGUUCUUUCUUCACAACUAGCCAAUGUUGACUUUACAUACAAUGACCCUGUGAAGAAUUUUGAUAGAUCAAGGGUGAAAGGUGUAGUUGCAAAACUCAUCAAAGUGAAGGAUAGUUCUUCAAUGACUGCCCUAGAGGUUGCUGCUGGUGGAAAGUUGUAUAAUAUUGUUGUAGACACAGAAAACACUGGAAAGCAACUUCUUCAAAAUGGUGGUCUUAGGAGAAGAGUAACUAUUAUUCCUCUAAACAAAAUUCAAAGUCAUCCUGUCCCUGCAAGAGCUCAAGGUGCUGCAACUAGACUGGUAGGUAAGGGCAAUGCCGAAGUGGCUCUUGCUCUGAUUGGAUAUGAUGAAGAACUCAAGAGUGCAAUGGAAUAUGUAUUUGGGUCAACCUUUGUUUGCAAAACCACUGAUGCUGCAAGAGAGGUUGCCUUUAAUCGCGAAGUUGGUAUACCAAGUGUGACUCUUGAAGGAGAUAUUUUUCAGCCUAGUGGACUUCUGACUGGUGGUAGCCGAAAAGGUGGUGGUGAAUUAUUGGGGAAACUUCAUGCUAUGGCUGAGGCUGACUCAAAACUUUCUUUGCAUCAGAAGCGUCUCUCAGAAAUUGAUGCUAAGAUCAAUGAGCUUCGUCCUCUUCAAAGCAAGUUCAAAGACCUUAAGACACAAUUGGAACUGAAGUCAUAUGAUCUUUCAUUAUUUCAGAAUAGAGCUGAGCAGAAUGAACAUCAUAAGCUUGGAGAACUAGUAAAGAGGAUUGAACAGGAACUAGAGGAAUCAAAAUUAGCUGUGCAAGAGAAGGAGCUCCAGUAUGCAAGCUGGGUUGCCAAAGUGUCAUCUCUUGAAAAGUCAAUCCAUGAUCAUGCUGGUAGUAGGGAAAGUAGGCUCAAGGAUUUGGAAAAGAAGAUUAAGACAGUAAAGGGUCAGACUCAGUCAUUGUUGAAGGACCUAAAGGGGCAUGAGAAUGAAAGGGAGAGGCUCAUAAUGGAGGUGGAAGCUGUCAAACAGGAAUAUACUACAUUGGAGAGUCAGUUAGCUUCUUUGAAGAAGCAAAUUACUGACCUUACAAAUGGAGUUGAUUCUCAGAGGGCAAAGGUUGCUUCUUUGAAUGGUGAUCACAACUUGGCCCAAACAGAACUUGACUCAGCACGCUUGAAGAUGAAGGAACGUGAUUCACAAAUUUCAAGCAUCCUCAAGGAGCAGCAGGGAAUUCAACAUAAACUUAGUGAGACAUCUCUUGAGAAGAAGAGAAUGGAAAAUGAGGUAAAACGCAUGGAAACGGAUCAGAAAGAUUGCUCUCUUAGAGUAGAGAAAUUGCUUGAGAAGCAUGCCUGGAUUGCAUCCGAGAAACAACUUUUUGGAAAAAGUGGAACUGAUUAUGAUUUCGCAUCGCGUAAUCCUCGUAAAACCAAGGAGGAUUUUGAAAAGCUACAAGCUGAACAAUCAGGCCUUGAAAAAAGGGUGAAUAAAAAGGUCAUGGCAAUGUUUGAAAAAGCUGAAGAUGAGUACAAUGAUUUAAUAUCUAAGAAGAACAUCAUUGAGAAUGACAAAUCAAAGAUCAAGAAGGUGAUUGAAGAGCUUGAUGAGAAGAAGAAAGAAACACUUAAAGUUACUUGGGAGAAAGUUAACAGUGACUUUGGAUCAAUAUUUUCCACACUUUUACCUGGCACGAGUGCAAAGCUGGAUCCUCCUGAAGGGGGUAGCUUCUUGGAUGGGUUGGAGGUUCGUGUAGCAUUUGGAAGUGUUUGGAAACAAUCCUUGUCAGAACUUAGUGGGGGGCAGAGAUCACUGCUCGCACUUUCUCUGAUACUGGCUUUGCUUCUUUUCAAACCAGCUCCACUUUACAUACUUGACGAGGUUGAUGCAGCUCUUGAUCUUAGUCACACUCAGAACAUUGGCAGGAUGAUUAAGACACACUUUCCACAUUCCCAGUUUAUAGUUGUGUCUUUGAAAGAAGGCAUGUUUAACAAUGCGAAUGUGCUUUUCCGAACAAAAUUUGUUGAUGGCGUCUCAACUGUCCAGAGGACUGCUGCAGCAAAGUCCAAGUGAAAACGUUGGAUAUAAAAUUUACUUAACCAAUGUAAUUAUUAUUCCGUUUUACGGUGGAUUUAGUAUUUGUAAUAUGUAAAACUACUACUUUUCUGCCUUUUGACAGCUUCAAAACCCAAGCUUCUGUAUAAUACUAGCAAUUUAUGUAGCGACGUUUUAUGCUUCGUUCAACUU